UCGUUGGCUCGUUGUCGUUGAGCCCUGGAUGCUUCAUCAGACGUCGGAUCGGAAAUCAGCGAUCACAAAUUUCAUUCCAUUUUUGCCCCUCCUUCCUUCCAAAGAGAAUGGCGAUGACCGUAGGAGGCUUGUGGGGCUUGCAUUCAUGUUUUCCACGAGCAUCCUACUACAGAUCCUGGCUUGUGUAUUAUACAACAAUUGGUGGCCGAUGUUAUCAGCUCUUAUGUAUGUCUUGGUCCCCAUGCCUUGUAUGUUCUUUGGCGGUGGUUCCACUCAAUUCUUAAUCAGUCGAGAUGGUGGCGGCUGGAUUGACGCUGCGAAAUUCCUAACCGGGGCAUCUGCAGUCGGGAGCAUUGCCAUCCCCAUCAUACUGAGACACGCAGAUCUGAUCGGGACAGGGGCCAUGUUCAUCGAGUUCACCUCGUUCUUCAUAUUCGUCUGCACCGUCAUGUGCUUUCACCAAGCCAGCCUAGACGACGAAUGGUGAAGACCGUCUCCCUCGGUGUAAUUAAGCUACAUGCUGGAUAAUUUUCUGUGUAAACAUUAGGUUAAGCGGUUAACUGGAACUGUGAAUUUGGGAUCGGAGAAGAAACUGAGAAAUUUCAGUUUGUGUAUAAAAUUCUAAGCAAUUAAGCAUGUUGUCUGUGUUCCUCGUCCGACACUAAGAUUCUCGGGUCACUUGUACAUCAUUAUAUUAUUCUUCUUAACGAAUUAUUUGUUGUUUGUUACGCA